GGUUAGCCCUCCAAUAUAAGACCCGGCGAAGCAGUGAACAAUUUUUUAGUUUCGCUUGAAACGUUGACGUGUGUAUAUCGUUUAUUUCGUGUUCCUGUUCGUGUUCGGGUAUUCUGCCUUUUUGUGAGUGCGCUUUCAUAAGUUUGUUAGUGGUUACAACGCUAAAGGCUAAAGGCUAUAAGGACACGGUGACAUCAUGCCACCCACAAUAACAGCCAAUAAGUCGCAUGACUUUAAGGCACACUACGAUCUUGCCCACAUGCAGGAUGGAGAGACAGACGAUGCAUAUGUGCUGAGAAUAACGCGAUACUCCGAUGGAACUGUCAAGCUGCGAAACUCGAACAUUGAGCUGAUGGACCAGGAUAUUCUCUAUCAUCUGGCCUUGGGCAGUGAGAGUCAUGAUCUGCAGGAGAUGUUUGGCGAUGUUAAGUUCGUUUGCAUGGGCGGAACACCAAAGCGUAUGGAGAACUUUGCACACUUCAUUAUGGACGAGAUAGGUUACAAGCUGCCCGCUGGCACCCAGCUGCAGGACAUCAGUGCCUACUCGUAUCGCUACUCGAUGUACAAAGUUGGUCCGGUGCUUUGUGUCAGUCACGGCAUGGGAACGCCCUCGGUCAGCAUUCUGAUGCACGAGAUGAUCAAGCUGAUGUACCAUGCCAAGUGCAUUGAUCCGAUCUUCAUACGCAUCGGCACCUGUGGCGGCAUCGGCGUGGAGGGCGGCACUGUCAUCAUCACCGAGGAUGCCCUCGAUGGUCAGCUUAGGAAUUCCCAUGAAUUUACAAUUCUGGGCGAGACCGUGCACCGUCCUGCAAAGUUGGACAAGAAGCUGGCCCGUGAACUGAAGUCGCUGCACAGUGCCGACGAUCCCUAUGACACCAUCAUCGGCAAGACCCAGUGCACAAAUGAUUUCUACGAGGGGCAGGGCCGUCUGGAUGGCGCCUUCUGCGAGUUCACCGAGAACGACAAGAUGGCCUAUCUGGAGAAGCUGCGCGACCAUGGUGUGGUCAACAUCGAAAUGGAGAGCACCAUCUUCGCAGCCCUGACCCACCAUGCCGGCAUCAAGGCAGCCGUCGUCUGUGUGGCUCUGCUGAAUCGUCUGAAUGGCGAUCAGGUGAAUGCCCCCAAAGAGGUCAUGCACGAGUGGCAGCAGCGCCCACAGAUACUUGUGUCACGCUACAUACGUAAGGUGCUGACCCGCGACGGCCAGCUGAAGAAUCUGUUUGGGCAUCAGGGAUCGAUAAAGUCGCCCCGUCGCUUCAAACUCGUCCAGCAGGAGUCCCAGGCCCACGAGUAGACAUUUGAGAAUACCUUCUCGCAUCCGUUUCUCAUCUCUCCAGUAUACAAUGGUGUUUCAACAUUCCCUAGUUUAGCUCUGCCUAAGUUCCUAGCUUUAUUUCUGUGUAUAUCAACCUCACUAGCUUAUUUAACCCCAAGCAUAUUGUAUGUAUAUUCAUUUAGCACUAAAAUGCUGAACUACGUUCCAACAAAAUCGAAUAUCGUUUAAUCAAUCGUACGAGUACGAGUACAAGUAUAUAUAAAAUAUAUCACUAAAGGAGACGUUUAAAGGUUAUCAAGAACAAACGAAAUCGCAAAAUGGUUUAUCAAAAAGGAGAACGAAGCUAAUAAUAAAAAAUAGAUAAAAUAAAA